AUCCGACGGUGGUGCGAGCCCACGUCACACGGGUUCGUCGCCUGUGACCGGCACGUUGGCGCCGUGUCACCUCCGCUGAACUCCACAGUCAACCGACGGACCUCUCUCCUAUCGUUCAACUUAUGGACUCCAAUUCUUCUCCCUUUCUUCCUUUAUUUCUCUCCCCUGUUGCGGCUCCGAUCGCCAUGAGAAGCGAAGGAGACAGCUUGAGCGGCCAAAAUAUGGGAUUGUGCGACAGAAAGGUGCGAUCUUUGCCUUCCCCUGUUCUACUCUUCCUCUCGCCCCUGCUGCUCCUCCUUGUCGGCUCCCUCUGGCUCGCCGGCGCGGCGGACAUCCCCCUCGGAUCCUCCCUCUCCCCCUUGAACUCGUCCUCCUGGUCGUCCCCCAGCGGGACGUACUCCCUCGGCUUCAUCUCCGACCCACAGAACACCUCCCGGUACCUCGCUGCCAUAACCUACUCCGGUGGCAUCCCCGUGUGGACCGCCGGCGGCGGAGCUUCGGUCGAUUCCGCCGCCUCCCUCCAGCUCCGCUCUGAUGGCAACCUCCGCCUAGUCGACGGCUCCGGCACGGUCGUCUGGGAGUCCGGCACCGCGGGCAAGGGUGUGUCCGCCGCCUCCCUCCUUGAUUCGGGCGACUUCGAGCUCAAGAACUCCACCGCCGUCGUCUGGGACACCUUCGUUAACCCCACCGACACCAUCCUCCAGUCCCAAAACUUCACCGUGGGCCAGACCUUGCGCUCCGGGGAGUACUCCUUCUCUCUUCUCGCGAACGGCAACCUCACCCUUACAUGGAACGGCAGCACCAUUUACUUCAACAAGGGCUUCAACUCCACCUUCACCGCCAACAAAACCCUGGCUUCCCCUUUUCUGACCCUCCAAUCCAAUGGGAUCGUCUCGCUCUCCGAUGCCUCCCUUUCCACCGCGGUGGUCAUAUCCUACAGCAGUGAUUAUGGCGAGAGCGGCGACAUGAUCCGGUUUGUGAAGCUGGAUUCCGACGGAAAUCUGAGAACUUACAGCGCCGUCCGAGGGAGCGGCGCCGCCAUCCAGCGGUGGUCGGCGGUCGCGGACCAGUGCGAGGUCUUCGGGUGGUGCGGCAACAUGGGGAUCUGCAGCUACAACGACACGUCCCCCGUCUGCGGGUGUCCCUCCGAGAACUUCAAUUUCGUUGACCCCAACGAUCACCGGAAAGGGUGCAAGAGGAGGACGGAGAUCCAGGAUUGCCCUGGGAACUCCACCAUGCUGCAGCUGAGUCACACCCAGUUCCUGACGUACCCGCCGGAGAUCUCCACCGAGCAGUUCUUCGUCGGCAUCACAGCCUGCAGGUUGAACUGUCUCUCAGGUGCCUCCUGUGUCGCUUCGACUGCGCUCGCCGAUGGCUCAGGAUUCUGCUAUCUGAAGGUGUCCAACUUCGUCAGUGGGUAUCAGUCGGCAGCAUUGCCGAGCACUUCCUUCGUCAAGGUGUGCGCUCCAGCCCUCCCCAACUCACCAUCAACACUGGACGAGGUCCACUCGGAGUCCUCGAAAUUGAAGGGCUGGGUGGUUGCUGUUUUGAUCUUUGGCACGCUCUUGGGGUUGAUACUCUUCGAGUGGGGGUUAUGGUGGUGUUUCUGCCGGAACAGCACAAAGUAUGGGCCAUCGUCGGCUCAUUAUGCACUUCUCGAGUAUGCCUCUGGUGCCCCUGUGCAGUUCUCGUACCGGGAGUUGCAGAAGUCGACCAAGCGAUUCAAAGAGAAACUUGGGGAAGGAGGUUUUGGUGCUGUCUACAAAGGUGUUCUUGCAAACCGUACAAUGGUUGCGGUGAAGCAGCUCGAGGGGAUCGAGCAAGGGGAGAAGCAAUUCAGAAUGGAGGUGGCGACGAUAAGCAGCACCCACCACUUGAACCUGGUCAGGUUGAUUGGAUUUUGUUCGGAAGGACGACACAGGCUUCUAGUCUAUGAGUUCAUGAAGAAUGGUUCUCUGGAUAGCUUCCUCUUCUCGGGGGACUCCUCAAGGAAACUAACUUGGGCAACACGGUUCAGUGUGGCGAUUGGGACUGCUAGAGGGAUCACUUACUUGCAUGAAGAAUGCCGGGAUUGCAUAGUCCAUUGCGAUAUAAAGCCAGAAAACAUUCUCCUUGACGAGAACUACAAUGCAAAGGUUUCGGAUUUUGGUCUUGCGAAACUUGUCAACCCGAAAGAUCAUAGGCAAAGGACUUUGACAAGCGUUAGGGGAACCAGGGGAUACUUAGCUCCCGAAUGGCUUGCUAAUCUCCCAAUCACUUCGAAGUCAGAUGUUUACAGCUACGGGAUGGUGUUGCUUGAGAUUGUGAGUGGGCGGCGCAAUUUUGAUGUAUCAGAUGAUACUGGUCGAAAAAAGUUCUCGGUGUGGGCCUACGAAGAGUUUGAGAAGGGGAACAUCAGAAGCAUCAUGGACAAGAGGCUUGCUGAGCAGGAUGUGGAUAUGGAGCAGUUGGAGAGGGCAGUGCUGGUGAGCUUUUGGUGCAUCCAAGAACAGCCCUCUCAAAGGCCAUCGAUGGGGAAGGUCGUGCAGAUGUUGGAAGGGGUAUUGGAUAUAGAGAGGCCUCCGGCACCAAAGGUCAUGGAUGUUGGCUUGGCAGUUGUCACCGCCAGUAGCGUGAGCACCAGCGUUGCCGUUUUCGCGACCUCAGCUUCAAUUCAGCCUCUAUCGAGCUCAUCACAGUCGAUCACGAACUCAUCAUCAGUUUCCCGGAGGAACGUACAGAAACAAACAUCAUCCCUCCUCUCCACAGAUCUUUCUUCCUAGUAGAAAAGAUAUGGAGUCCCAAAGUUUCCGCGUGUAUAACUAUUACAUGGAAUGUGCCUAAAUCUGCGUCUUUCACAGGACAUGACUUGAAAGUCCAAUGGAUCAGCUUAUGUAAGUUAUUAUAGUUUUUCUCAUGUAACAUUCUACAAGUUCGUCCAAACUGAGAUUGUUGAAGCUUAUCGCCAUGUGUAUAGGAAUAAAAAGAUGAAGGUUAGUUA